AAAGAGUGGGCUUUGCUGGGGAGCCUCGCGGCUGGACUUGGGCGCUCCGGGUGGAUGGGCUCUGCGCUUCCGUAGUCAUUUCUUUGUGGAAAAUCUGGGGAGAGGGUUAGGAACUCUUUUUGAAGGGGAGUGGGUGGAAGUGAAUGCACCUGGAGCCCUUUGAAUGACUGAGUCCCGGAAAGCGUGCGAUACUUUGCAAGCUAGAUCGCUCCAACAGAAUCGUUGGAACCAGCGAAUCAGAAUUGCACCUUUCAAAGGACCAUCCCACUUACUCAGAGGAAGGGAAGUUGAUGUGCAGUAGGACUGAAGACUCCGUCUGUUACUAACCCACCUGCAGUACAGAGCUGUGGAUUACCUUUGGGUCUCGGGCGGUGUCACACCUGCAACCCUCCUACACUCCCUCAGCGCUCACUCUGGGCCCUAAUUGCCCCAACUGGUGAAAGAUGGCAUCCAGCCUGACUUGUACUGGAGUGAUCUGGGCUUUGCUCUCGUUUCUUUGUGCUGCCACCUCCUGCGUGGGAUUCUUUAUGCCUUACUGGCUCUGGGGAUCACAGCUGGGCAAGCCCGUGUCCUUCGGUACUUUCCGGAGGUGCUCCUAUCCUGUGCAUGAUGAGAGUCGGCAGAUGAUGGUGAUGGUGGAGGAAUGUGGGCGCUAUGCCUCCUUCCAGGGCAUCCCCAGCACAGAGUGGAGGAUCUGUACCAUAGUGACCGGCCUGGGCUGUGGCCUCCUGCUCCUGGUGGCGCUGACAGCUCUCAUGGGAUGCUGUGUGUCUGAGCUCAUCUCCAGGACAGUGGGAAGAGUGGCUGGCGGAAUUCAGUUUCUGGGGGGCUUGUUGAUCGGCGCGGGCUGUGCCCUCUACCCCUUGGGCUGGGACAGUGAGGAAGUCCAGCAGACUUGUGGCUAUGUUUCUGGCCAGUUUGACCUGGGUAAGUGUGAGAUCGGCUGGGCCUUCUACUGCACUGGAGGGGGCGCUGCCGCCGCCAUGCUGCUGUGCACAUGGCUGGCUUGCUUCUCCGGCAAGAAACAGAAGCAAUACCCGUACUGAGCAGGUGCCACCGACAGCAAGCAGAGGAAAACACGACCCGGGGCUCACAGGGACCAGGCCAUCCAGCUACUUUCAAAAGGCAGAAGAGUGGCUUUAAUCCAAAACAGUCUUGGGAUCAGGAACAUUCUGUCGUGCUUAAGCGUUGUGGGAGGUUUGUGUAAGAAACGAGAGUAUGGAAUGGUAGAGAAAAGUGGACCAGAGGCUAAAAUACUGCAGAGUGUCGGGUGUUUCUAUUCCACAGAGUACUGUUAACGUAUCAAACACACAACACACACUCACACAAAUCUAUAUAUGCAAACAACAGUUUUUGUUUAAAGGCGAGGACUCAGAGAAUCCAAAGGGCUAGUAGAAACAGUGUUAUAUUGGGACGUUCCCUGAAGGUCAUGGCGCUGCUGAAAGCACAUACAGACAUACACAUCCACACACGUGCCCACACAAACACGAAGGUACCCAUCUACUCACAUGCCCACGCAAACACAUUAUGUGCCCAUUCACUCAUGUGCCCACACAAACACAAAUGUACCCGUCCACUCAUGUGCCCACGCAAACAAAUAUACACAUCCACACUCGUGCCCAGGCAAACACAAAUGUACACAUCCACACUCGUGCCCAGGCAAACACAAAUGUACACAUCCACACUCGUGCCCAGGCAAACACAAAUGUACACAUCCACACUCGUGCACACGCAAACACACGCUCAUUACACAGACUGUCCGGGAGGUUUCCUGUCCGGUGUGUUACUCCUCUGUUUCUUUUUAAUACACAUUUAAAAUACAGUAUUAUUACUUUAUAAAGCAUACAUUAACCUAACAAAUGGACCAAUAAGCCACUCUAUCAGUAUUUUGUAUAUUCUGCAUAAAUUCUUUAUGCUCUCAACAUGUUUUUGGUUUUAUGCAGAUCUUCAGAGUUAAGCCUCUGUAUUUCAAUAUUCUUCAAAAAUAUGCACUAUUUCUCUGUCCGAGUAGUUUCUGCUGUGAUAUUCUUAUGAAGUAAAGGGGCAGCUUGCUGUCCGGUGCUGUAGGGGAGAAUGCAGCGGAAUAUAUGAGCAUCAUAAGGGACAUUUCCCAGCCAUAGACCUUGUUUCCCUUUGUCCAUAUUGUACUGUGCUGUAUCACAUUUAAUUCAAUAUUCAUUUUGUAAAGAAAAGUGCUAUUUUUUUUUUUUUUUUGUAUUUGUAUUUGUAUUUGAGAAGCUCUGUGAAUAAAUUUUCUCUUUGGUCAAUA